AUGUCUCCCAUCGCCGCCCAACCCGUACCCACCAACUCGGUUGCCAAUGGCAAGCCUAACGGCGACGUGUCGCAAGCCUCGUCGGCGGGCUCGACGUCCUCGGUUGGUGACCGCUACUCUCUCCAGCCUGCCAGCGGUAUCCCGCACCUCCCAGAUGAGCCUGUGGGCUGCAACACGCUCAUGGGCUGCUUCUCCCACCUGACACUGUGUACCGAUUCUGGACCUCGGUUCCCUCCCGGACCUCGGCCCGCGCCGUCCACCCCCCUCGGGACGAGGGAGGAACAACGCAGGAUCUACCUCGGUCCCAAGCUCAGUACGCGCGCGACGGGCGGUCCCGAUGCCGGGCCCCUGAUUGAGCGGUUUAGCUGUUUGUUCAAGGACCAAUACAACUGCAAGUCUAACCCUCGCGGAAUCGUGUCUCUCGGCGUCGCCGAGAACUUCCUCCUCGAGAAGGAGUGCCUCGAGUACUUUACCGACGCGUUCAAGAACAACUUCCUCGCAUCCGACUUGAGCUACGGCGAUGGACUGUGGGGUAGCCGGCGCAUCAACCGCGCGCUCUCAUCGUUCAUGAACGAAUACUUUGACCCCGCGCACACGGUCCAGCCCGACCAGCUAAUCACCGGUGUAGGCUGCUCUGCCGUCCUUGACCAGCUAUUCUACACCCUCGUAGACGAGGGCGAGGCAGUCCUCCUCGCUGCACCAUACUACACGGGCUUUGACCGUGACCUGAUCGGCCGCUCGCGCGUCAACCUCGUCCCCGUAGAGCUCCCUGCCGGCGACGACGCCUUCUCUCCCGCCUCUCUCGCCCAUUUCGAAGCCAAGGCAGACGAACUCGCAGCUCAGGGAGUCACCGUCCGCGCAGUCAUCGUGUGUAACCCCCACAACCCGCUCGGUAGGACAUACUCGCGCGAGACGCUGCUCGCAUACGCCCGCUUCUGCGAGGACCGCGACCUCCAUCUCGUCAGCGACGAGAUCUACGCCAUGAGCGUAUGGGACAACUCUGCUUUCCCGCACGCCCUGCCGUUUACGUCUAUGCUCUCCCUUGAUGUCGAGAAGGAGGUCAACGCUGAGGUCGGGGGUGGGUUCACGUUCGACCGCGCUCGCCUGCACGUCGUUUAUGGGAUGAGCAAGGAUUUCUGCGCAAACGGCCUCCGGGUUGGCGCGCUCGUUAGCCAGGCUAACCCACUCCUCUUGCGCGCCAUGGCUAGCACAUCCAUGCUCAUGAAGAUCUCGUCGCCUGCCGACGUCAUCUGGUCGUCACUGCUUUCCGACGAUGACAAGCUCGCCGAGUUUAUCGCUCUCAACCGCUCCCGCCUUACCGAGGCCGGUACAUAUGUGCGCAACUGGUUUGAGACUCGCGGCGUUCCUGUUGCACACUCGAACGCGGGGAACUUUGUCUGGGUUGACAUUGGAGCGCGCCUCGGCUUCCGUGACGCCAAGGAGGAGAAGCGCAUCUUCCAGCGCCUGCUCGAUGGCGGCGUCUACGUUGCGCCGGGUACAGCGUACCACAACCCCGAGGCCGGCUGGUUCCGGAUCACGUUCUCGGUAGCGCGCGACAACCUCGACGUCGGCCUCGGUAAGAUCGAGCGCCUCCUCGACCUGCGGCCCGUCAAGGCGUAA